AUGAGGUAUUUGCCUCCUACGUACUAUCAAGAAGUGCUCAAGAAAGUGUACAUGUUGAAACAAGGCUCCAAGAGUGUUGAGGAGUGCUUUGAUGAGUCUAAAAAUUUGAGGAUGAAGUCCAAAAUAGAAGAACACUUGAACUACACUCUCAUAAGAAUUGUGGCUAACCUAAAUCGGGGGAUCUCCAAACCCAUGAGGCUACAAACUUAUAGGAGUCUAGAGGAAGCGUUUCAUGAUGCUUCCAAGGUUGAAGCGGAUUUGAAGGAAGAGAGAGCGUACAAGGCAAAGAACACCACAUCUUCAACAUGGAACAAAGGUAAAGAGAAAUGGAAAACUUUCACUUGCGAGAAGCCCAAGACCACCACUCAAGCACCUCAAGCCAAGUUUGACUACAAGGCCAAAGGAGAUGAUAAGGCCAAAGGAGGUAACAAUGAUAAACCUAACUAUCCUCAUCCAUCUACCAUCCAAUGUUUCAAAUGUCAAGGUAGAGGGCACAUUUUAAGUGAAUGCCCCAAUAGAAGAUCAAUUAUGGUUCUACAUGAUAGGUACCGAACCGAUGAGAAAGAUAAGGAUAGGGUUGGUAGUGAUAAUGAGGGAGAAAAGAGUGAGCAUGAGGGUGAAUCCGAAGAUGAUGUUGAAAAAAGGAUGGAGGAGAGAUUGAACUUUGCCAUUGUAGCUAGGAGAGCCAUAGGUUCAUUAGCUAGAGAGGAGAGUAAUCAAAGGGAGAAUCUAUUUCAUUCUAGAUGCAAGAUAGUGGACAAGGUGUGUUCUUUGAUUAUUAAUGGUGGGAGUUGUACGAAUGCGGUGAGCCAAUUCUUGGUUGAACACAUAAAGUUUUGCACAAGGAAACAUCCUAGCCUUUACAAACUACAAUGGUUUAAUGAGUGUGGUGAAAUGAGAGUGACCAAGCAAGGCAUUAUCAGGUUUAGCAUUAGGAGGUAUGAAGAUAAGCUCUUAUAUGACGUAGUACCAAUGCAAGCAUGUCACAUCUUGCUUGGGAGGACUUGGAAAUUUGAUAGGGAUGCGCAAUAUAGUGGGAGGUCUAAUAAGUAUACAUUUGUACUUGGGGGUCGGAAAUUUGUUCUUGCUCCAUUAACACCCUAUCAAGUGAGUGAAGAUUAUAGAAUCAUAAAGGAACUCCGAGAGAGGGUUCAAGUGGAGGAAAUGCAGAAGCGUGAGAAGGGAGCAUUGGUGACCACUUGUGGAGAAGGAUCAUCUCAAGAUGGAUCCAAGAGGUGCAUGUUGGCCAAACCAAGCAAUUGUUUGAAGGGAAUUGAUGAGAGGCAUUUCAUGGUGUACCUUGUAAACAAAAAUCUUCUUUUGCAUACUAAUCAAACUAUUACCACUUUGCCUAGUAGUGUGUCUUCUCUUUUGCAGGAAUAUAAUGAUCUAUUUUUGGAGGAGAUACCCAAUGGAUUACCCCUAUUGAGGGGUAUUGAACAUCAAAUUGACUUUGUGCCGGUUUCACAAAUUCCCAACAAAUUGGCUUAUAGGAGCAAUCCGGAAGAAACAAAAGAAUUGCAAAGGCAAGUUGAGGAACUUCGUGAGAAGGGUCUAGUGAAGGAGAUUCUUAGCCCAUGUGCCGUUCUAGUGAUUCUUAUUCCAAAGAAAGAUGGUACUUGGAGGAUGUGCAUUGAUUGUAAAGUCGUUAAUAAAAUCACGGUAAAGUAUCGCCAUCCUAUUCCUAGACUUGAUGAUAUGUUGGAUGAUCUUUGUGGCUCAAAUGUAUUUUCGAAGGUUGAUCUUAGAAGUGGCUAUCACCAAAUUCGAAUGAACCCCGGUGAUGAGUGGAAAACGACCUUCAAAACCAAUUUUAGCCUCUAUGAGUGGCUUGUCAUGCCAUUCGGCCUAACCAAUGCACCUAGAACAUUUAUGAGAUUGAUGAACGAUGUCUUAAAACCAUUUAUCAAUAAGUUUGUGGUUGUUUAUUUUGAUGAUAUUCUAGUGUAUAGCAAAUCAAUUGAGUAG